AUGAAGGUCAUUCCGGGCAGAGCAAAUGAAUUCUACUUCGCUUGUCGCAAUGGUAAUGUUGACUAUGUUAGAUUACAACUAGCCGAAAUCACCGAAGAUCUGAAUGUUCUUCAGCCCAACGGUAGCACUCCCUUACAUGCGGCCACCUAUUACGAUCAUAAAGAAAUUGUUCAGUUGUUGCUGGACAGUGACUGCUGUCGAACAAUUUUGAAUUGUUACGGGAAAAUGGCCUAUGAAGAAGCUCGAACUGAUGAGAUGAGGCAGCUGUUUGAACGUACUAUGACAAAUCGUUUCUAUGAGACCGAUCCCUCAAAUACCUUCGCUGUCUACAUGCCGGAAAAUGCAACCACCGAUCUGGAGGCAAUCAAUACCGAACAUGAACCAUCGCCGUUACUCGACUAUAUUCAUGUAUUUAAAACCCGCGAUGAAAUACUCGAAUUUUCUUUGAAUCAAGAAACGACCGUUAUGUGGGUCAAAUUUUACAACUGGCUCUCGCACACGUUUCGCCCAUUUCUUGAACGCGAGGAUUUCCAUAUCGAUGCGUUUGAUUUGAACAAACAUCCAGAUUUUCAACAAUUUCUACAGCGAAAUCUGCCUGAUGAAACCAAGUAUCAGCAAACCAUCAAAUCGGUCAACGAAUCGAAACGACGUAAUUCCAUUGAACCCUUGAUUACGUUGUACACCGACGAAGGAUUUUAUAGCCCGCUCAAUCGCCAAUUAGCUCAUUCAUCAACCGAUGCUGCAUUGAGCCCGCACCUGUGUGAUCGAUUCAUUAUCGAAUUUUUUUUGCACCGCAAUCAGCUGAAGCAGCGCGCUUUCACUGGAACCGUCUACCGGGGUGCAACGAUGACCGAGCGUGACCUGGCCAUUUAUCAGCAUGCUUACACCAAUGUUCCACCGGGUGUGAUCGGUUUAAAAGCAUUCACAUCGACAUCGCAAGAUCCGUGGGUGGCACUCGAAUUUGCUAAGCAUGACAGAGAAGAAGGGCAUCAAUCGGUUUUGUUCGUCUUCGACAUUGAUGCAGUAUGUUCGACGAUCUUCGCCAUUCACGAUAUUUCCAAGUUCACACAAGAACGAGAAGUGCUGAUCUUGCCCGGAAAUUUGUUUAUUGUUAAAAGUAUUAGAGAGCAUCCUACACUAAAAGUCACCGAAAUACGGUUGGCUCAUUGGAAUGUAACUAUUUCGUUCGGACAAAAAAUUGCGCAGACAAUCCGCUGUGAAAAUACCACACGUCGUUUACUAUCAUAUUUAAAUGAUAAUAAUGAUAGACAUAUGGAAAAUUUAUUAUCUGAAAAACGAAAAGUGACCGUGAUUGGUGAGGAAAAUGAAUCGGACGAGUUAGAAAAUCCAUUACUUGAAAAUGACGUCGGUGAUUUUGGCGUAGAAGAUGAAUACACUGGAUCAAAUGAGGAUACAUUGAAAGAGCUUUUUACAGCCGUUGAAAGUGGUUCCAUUGAUCGGUUAGAAGAAUUAUUUGAUGCUUCGCAAACGGAUAUGAACAUAACACGAUUUGCUGAAUCAUUGUUAAUGGCUGCGAUUCGAUCACGUCGUGAAAAUGUUGCAGAAUAUCUUAUUGAUCAAGGAAUCGAUGUUAAUUAUGCAACAGAUCUCAUUGAAUUUCGUCCAAAAACUCGUUAUCCUGUUCGUUAUCGUUAUUUAUCAUGUCGUCAGUUAGCCUAUGAUUUAGGUAUGAUGGAUCUUGUUGAUUUAAUUGAUUUGAGUAGUGAUGAAGUACGUCCAAGUAUAAAAAAAUAUUUACAACGUCGAUUAAAAAAACGUUUAGAAAAAAUUCAUAAAUCUUAUCAAGAACGUAUAAAAACACGUGAAUUAAAAUUUCAAGAAGAACAAAAAUCUUUACAACCAAUUGAUAUUACAUUAAUUGAAGAAGAAGAAGAACAGAAAAAACCUAUGCUUAAUAUGCAACAAAUUAUUAACGAACAUGCAUUAGAUAAUGCUGAUUAUGUCGUACCCACUACUCUUCCACCCCCACUACCACCACCACAACUACAAUUAAGACGUCCAGAACGACGCUAUGUGUCACAUAUCAAUGAGACACUUAAUUCACUACAUAAACCGGAGAAGAACAUUGAAGAGAGUCAUAAAAAAACAUUUGAUUAUUCUCAAUAUAGACUGAAAUUUAAAAUUAUUGAUAUGGAUAAAGUAGUGAAACGAACACGUUUUAAACAACAACUGAAUGAAAAUAGUAUUUUUGCAUUUAACCCACAAGUACGACCAAAAACAACUACAGCUGCUGUUCUACCUGCUCCUAAACCGCGUGAUUUGUAUGUGACUAGUGCCAAAUCGAGACAAACAAUCAAAACUAUUGACUCAUUUGAUAUUCAACAACAAUCAUCUUAUAAAGAAACAAAAACAUCCAUUUGUCGAUCAGCUAGACAACGACCACAAACAGAGAAUAUCAGCAAUGUCACACAACAAGAACCACCAAAACAAAGAGGAAUUUUACCGUUUCGUCAUUAUUUAAAUUCUUUAACGAAGAGUGGUUUAUCUAAUUCAAAUAUUCAGGUAACAAAUACGUCUGUUGUAGAUUUAAAUGAACCAAAAUUAAGUUUUACGGCGAACAACGCAUACAUUGCUCAAAUACCAGUGCCGGCAUAUGAACGUAAACGUGUACCAGUGACAUUACAAACUGGUUUUGGUUUACCAUCAUUUAAUUCUAACAGUAGAGGUUCUAAUCGAUUUAUCAGAACAUAA